UACUCGGUAACGCGAAAAUCGAAAUAACGUUCAACGUUCGGGCCAUUUCGCACUCUGUAGGGAGAGUUUUACGCACGAACGAACGAAACAACGAAGUUUCGAUUUUCUAUACAAAAUGGUACUCCGAACUGCAAUGUCAAACACGUAAUAUUGAGUUUGACAGCUCAUUUACUGUCAGUUUUACUUCAAAUUUCACGUCUACACAAGAGGUAACGUGGAGAUAUUCGUUUUGCUGUAAUUGCUGAAAAUAACAUAAAGAAUGGCUAGGUAUUUGCUGAUGCAAGAAAUUCUGCGGGACGAGAGAAGGAAAAGGCGAGAGGCCCUAAGAAGAAACUUCCGCUUGCACACAAUUCCCGACUCUGAAUUCGUAAAUAACUACCGUCUGAGUCGGGAAUUGUUCCAAACGCUGUGCGAAGAGAUUGUGCCGUUUCUUCCUCCAAGGAUACGACACCGGGGUAUUGAUCCCAUAAUGAAGAUUUUGGUAGUAUUAAACUUCUAUGCAAGGGGUAGUUAUCAAGGUGCCGUAGGCCUCAACAGCGAUGUACCCAUGGCACAGCAAACUGUGUCUAGGUGCAUCCAUGAGGUCACGGAUGCCUUGAAUCGAGCUGAGAUUUUGAGGAAGUACAUUCGCUUCCCACAAAAUAGGGAAGAAAGGAAUGUCAUCAAACAAAAAUUUUCCGAUAGAUAUGGGAUACCGGGGGUAUGUGGCUGCAUAGACUGCACCCACAUUAAAAUAAUAAGGCCCGCUGAGCAUGAAGAGCGGUGCUUUAAUAGGAAACAUUGGCAUUCCAUUAACUGCCAAGUGAUUUGCGACUCUGAUUGCCUUAUAUUGAGUAUUGAUGCAUCAUAUGGAGGAGCUACCCAUGAUGCAUUCAUAUGGGCACAACAUGAGAUAAAAGCUCACAUGGAAGAACUCUCAAUACAGGGAGAGACUACAUACCUACUGGGUGACUCAGGGUAUCCUCUCCGGUCAUACAUGAUGACUCCAGUGGACCAUGCAGUAGACGACUCACCUGAAGGGCGCUACAAUAUAAUACAGAAACGUGCCCGUUCCACUGUAGAGCGCACAUUUGGUAUACUAAAAGGGAGAUGGAGAUGCUUAUUAGCCGCCAGAGAAUUGCAUUACACUCCUGAGACCGCUGGCAAAAUUGCAAUUGCAUGCAGUGUAUUGCACAACAUGUGCAUACAUGCUCGGCUCGACCAUCCUGAAUUAGCAGAGGAGGACCUCGCAGCUGAGAACGCCCUGCCCAUUCCCCAGCAAGCUGCAAUUCCACAAGGACGGGCAUUGGAGGAAGGAAGAAGAGUACGCAGAGUACUAAUAAAUUUAUUAGAGGCGUAAUAUGCCCCCGGCUUUGUAUGGAUAUACUUAUAUAAGACAAAACAAUCCUUAUUGUGAGGUUGUAGAAGAGAUUACUUUUAGUAAUACGGCCGCUGAUUGUACUAUUUCUUUUCUAUAUUUGUGAAACUGUUUCUGUUUGUGUGCAAUAAACAGUAUUUUAUCUUUACCUACCUAUAUUUUGUUAAUUUUCAUUGUUUCUUGUAUGAAUGUGUUUCUAUAAUAUCCAUAAAAAUAUGGUUUUACCGAACCUAAGAUACUUACUUUGUGUGGAUACAUCUAUUCAUGCUAACACACUUAUUUAUAAAGAAUAAAACAAUUUUUCUAAAUAAGAGAUUUUUAUUUUUUGGUUUCAGUCAAAUAUUGCUACUUAUUGCUUAAACACUGAUAAAAUUACUUAUAAACUAACACUUAGUACUUAUAGGAACAUUUACUAGUACUUAUAGGAACAUU